AUGUUACAAAGUAGACCUCAAGGUAAUUUUCCAAGUAAUUUUAAGGUGAAUCCUAAGGAGCAGUGCAAUGCAAUCUCUUUGAGGAGAUGUAAGGCGUUGGAAGAGCCAGCUGAGAAGUCUAGUCUUCCACCGAAAAUGGAUUAUGAGACAAAGGGUAAGGGGGACUCGGUGGUGAGAAAUGAUUUAUGUGAUUUAAGGGCUAGUGUGAAUCUAAUGCCUCUAUCGAUCUUCCAAAAGUUUAAAUUGGGAGAAGCUUGCCCUACUUCCGUGUCCCUUCAAAUGACGGAUCGUUCAGUUAAACAUCCUUGUGGAGUGAUUGAGGAUGUAUUGGUGAAAGUGAACAAAUUCAUCUUUCUUGCAGACUUUAUUAUUCUUGAUAUGGAGGAAGAUGAAAAUAUUUCGAUUAAUCUUGGUAGGCCAUUUUUAGCUACCGGAAGGGCACUAAUUGAUGUAGAUAAAGGGGAGUUGAAGCUGCAUGUGCAACAAGACGAGCUAGCUUGUGGUGUUGUGUGUGAAUCAAGUGUGUCAAGAUGA